AUGGCUUUGACAUGGAGUGCCGUAUUCGUUUUGCUGAUGGCGAUCAAUCAAACAUGUUCUGCCGUGCCAAGUCGAAUGUCCUCCGAGGUUGAAGCACGGGACACGAUCUAUGAUGCGCAACUACGCUGCUUCACCAAAAAGUGUGCCGACUCCGAAGCUAAUGGUUAUCAGUCGGUCAGAGACGAGCCCGAAACUCCCAAACGACGCCCUUUACGCCAGAGCGCACCCGUAAAAUGUGGAGAUACGGGACUUCCACCGCCCUGUGGGCCCCAAGCAAAAAAAGGCUCGAGGCCAAAUAAAAGUCCCUGGUCCAAGGGCCGCCCGAAACCUCAUCAAACUGCGCCAGUAACUUGCAGUGAUACCGGGCUUCCACCGCCUUGCCAUUAA